AUGCCUCGCGACCGCGACGAGCCGGCCGCCGUGCGCGUCUACACCGUCUGCGACGAGUCCAGGUACCUGAUCGUGCGCAACGUGCCGUCGCUCGGAUGCGGCGACGACCUCGCCAGUCUCUUCGGGACGUACGGCCCCGUGGAGGAGUGCACGCCCAUGGAUGCAGAGGACUGUGAGCCCUACACCGACGUCUUCUUCGUCAAAUUCUCCCAGGUCAACAACGCCAGGUUUGCAAAGAGGAAGCUUGACGAGUCUGUAUCUCUUGGCAACUGCCUGCAGGUGACCGACGCCCCUCAAUUUGAGAGUCCUCUAGACACUAAGGAGAAACUGGAAGCUAGGAGAAAAGAAGUGCUUGGCCGAAUAAAAUCAUCUGCUGGCAGACCUGAAGGGACAUCUCAGUAUUCUCCAGCUCAGGGAUCAUCUAGUGGGAAUCACCACCAGAUGAACUCUAAUAAGAGGGAAUAUAUGAAGACAAUUCAUGCUUCUCAUAUUGAAGAUCCUCGUUUCAGUCAUGUGCCCUCAGAUAAGGAUUAUUUUCCAUCCAAGUCGAUGAACGCUACUGUAAAGCUAGUCAGAGAGAAGCUUGAUAAGAUACAAUCUGGUGGUGAUAAUUCCAGUACUUCAGCAGCAUCCAAGAAACCAAGGGUUGAUAACCGCAGGAAAAUUUGA